UGGAUUACUCUUUACCUGCUUUGCUCUGAUGGUUAAUGAAACAUAUUGAGCUCUAAGGAAGAGCGUGAGAGUAUAUGGCUUUGUCAGUGACAUCCUUAGUACUCAUGACUCAGAAGUCCGUAGGUCUCCAUGCAGAACAUCUCUGGGAGAUUUGUCCUCACCAAGAUGAGAGUCAUUCCAAAAGGAGCUUUCACAGGACUUGCUGACCUCGAGAAAAUAGAGAUCUCACAGAACGAUGCCUUGGAGGUCAUAGAAGCAAAUGUAUUUUCCGAUCUUCCCAAACUACAUGAAAUAAGAAUCGAGAAAGCCAACAACCUCGUGUACAUUGAUCAAGAUGCCUUCCAAUACCUUCCGAGCCUCAGAUAUUUGUUGAUAUCAAACACUGGCCUUCGGUUUUUACCUGCUGUCCAUAAGGUGCAUUCUUUCCAUAAAGUUUUACUGGAUAUUCAAGACAAUAUCAAUAUACGUACAAUUGAAAGGAAUUCAUUUGUGGGCCUGAGUUCUGAAAAUGUGAUUCUAUGGCUGAAUAAAAAUGGGAUUCGGGAAAUAGAGGAUCAUGCAUUUAAUGGAACCUACCUGGAUGAGCUAAAUCUAAGUGAUAAUCACAACCUCGAAAGAUUACCAAAUGAGAUCUUCCAAGGAGCCAGUGGGCCUAUUGUUUUGGAUAUUUCAAGGACGAGAAUCAGCUUCCUGCCAAGUCAUGGAUUAGAGCUCAUUAAGAAGCUAAGAGCAAGGUCUACAUACAAUUUGAAAAAGCUUCCUGAUUUAAGCAAAUUUAGAGCUUUGAUUGAGGCAAACUUCACCUAUCCCAGCCAUUGCUGUGCAUUUACAAACUGGAAAAGACAAAACACUGAAUUACAUCCAAUAUGUAGCGUAUCAUCUCAGGACAAGCAAGACCGUGAUGAGCAGCCUGGCAAUAAGAUACAUAGACGAUCUGCAGCUGAAGAUGAUAUUUCCAGCUACGGCAUAGGAUUAGACCCAGCAGAGAAUGAAUUUGACUAUGGUUUGUGCAAUAAGGUAGUUAAUGUAGCUUGCUCACCUAAACCUGAUGCUUUCAAUCCAUGUGAAGAUAUCAUGGGCUACAACACUCUGAGAGUCCUGAUAUGGUUUAUCAGCAUUUUAGCUAUCACUGGGAACAUUGUUGUCCUCAUUAUUUUAAUAAGCAGUCAAUACAAACUCACCGUACCUCGCUUUCUAAUGUGCAAUCUUGCAUUUGCAGACCUCUGCACAGGUAUCUACCUGUUAUUUAUUGCAUCUGUAGAUAUCCAGACCAAAAGCCAGUACUACAACUAUGCCAUAGACUGGCAAACUGGGGCAGGAUGCAAUGCUGCAGGAUUUUUUACAGUGUUUGCAAGUGAACUCUCAGUCUACACACUGACUGUGAUAACUCUGGAAAGGUGGCACACCAUCACCUACGCCAUGCAGCUGCACCGCAAGGUUCGACUUCGUCAUGCUGUGAUUGUAAUGAUUUUUGGCUGGAUGUUUGCUUUCACAGUGGCACUUCUUCCCAUAGUUGGAGUCAGCAGCUACAUGAAGGUCAGCAUCUGUUUGCCCAUGGAUAUAGAAACAUUGUUUUCUCAGGCUUACGUUGUAUUUCUUUUAGUGUUAAAUGUACUUGCAUUUAUGAUUAUAUGUGCCUGCUAUAUCUGCAUCUACUUUACUGUGAGAAACCCUAAUGUGGUCUCUUCAAACAGUGACACCAAGAUUGCCAAGCGCAUGGCCAUACUGAUCUUCACGGAUUUCCUCUGCAUGGCACCAAUAUCUUUCUUUGCAAUAUCAGCCUCACUCAAGGUUCCUCUCAUCACAGUCUCCAAAUCCAAGAUCCUUCUGGUUUUGUUUUACCCCAUCAAUUCCUGUGCAAACCCUUUCCUCUAUGCCAUUUUCACAAAGACCUUCCGCAGGGAUUUCUUUAUUUUAUUGAGCAGGUUUGGUUGCUGUGAAAUGCAAGCCCAGAUUUACAGAACAGAGACAACCUCAUCUGCUCAUAAUUUCCAUACAAGAAAUGGCCAUUGCCCUCCUGCAUCAAAAAGCAGUGAUGGAACUACUUAUUCAUUGGUUCCUCUGAAUCACUUGAAAUGCUUGCAUGAAUUCGUGUCUGAGGCAGUGUGAUAAUCAGUUUCAACUGUGAAUUUGAAUAAUAGCAUUGUGAAUAUAUCAAAUUCAUAGUGAAUUUGAAUAUGACUUUAGCAUAGCUUCUAAACUUCUUAUUAAUGAGAACAAGAAUAAUUUAUUUCUACUUUCCUAGUUUAGUGACAGCUCAAUGAACAACCUACCACCACAUCACUUUCAACAUCUUGAACAACGAACAAAACUUCAGUAGGUCCUGAAGUGUUCUUGUAGAAUUGUUUCACAAAAUGAGAUUAUAAACUGGUGUCUCCCACCAUAUAGGCAGAGACAACCCUUAACUCUAGGAAGAUGUUAGCUGCUCAGUGAGAAUUAAGUAGUGGUUAUAUACAGAGAAAGAUAAAAAUACGUAGAACUACGGGUUUUUUGCCUGUGAAGCAUGUUUUAACAAUGACAUAGAAUUGGCUCUUUUUAUUUAAUCAUAUCUCCUGGGGUUACAGGAGACAGAAGGCCAACUGAAUGGCCUCCUUCAGCACAGACUUAGUACAAAUGAGAAUAGUGUGUGGUUUGUGUUAAUUUCUCUUGACCACAGCAGAGAGGCAGGAGGCAUCUAUCUCCAGCUGAUGUUUGCUGUUCCACGUGCAUGGACCUGCCUUCCUCUGCAUGGAAGUGUCAUUUUGGGUAGGAUUUGUGUUGCUGUAGCUUGGCAGGCUCAGAGAACCAAAUUUCAUCUGAGUUUGGAACAAGGAUUUUCGGGUUGGGUUUGUUUUCAACAACGUGAGACAGAGCAAGAACAAGAGCAGGGGAAAACCUUCAUAUUAAGGGGAUGUUUUCUCCACUUGGUCUCUCAAAGUUGGGUCGAAAUCACUUUUGUGUGGCUGAGCCCCUUGGGUAUGCAGGAUGGGCCAAUGGGCAGUUCUAAUGUGAUACCUGAGGCAGAUUUGCCAUACAGCAGUAUUGGUGCAUUACAUUAUCUGGGCUAUGUAAAUGAUGACAGAUCUAGAUAUGGCUUUUGAAAACCUGAAUGAAAAUUUUUGUGAAAUCCUAAAAGUUCUCUUUCCCUUCUAAAAAAGAAAAACCAAAAAAACCCCCACCAUUUGCACAUUCAGAGGAUGGUCCAGAUUGAAAGACCUGAGAGAAACCAUACACUGCAUAUGCUGAAAUAACAAAAAUUCCUCUUAAUCAAGCUUUCCUGGUUGUAUAAGGCUUUUGAAUAACAUCUGAAUGAACAUACAGACUUCUUUCUUACAUGAUUUGAAUAUCAACUUUUUUGACGGUUAAGCAUUCCAAAUCACACCAAAGCUUGAGGGUUGGGUAGGGUUUUCUCAUGCUGAUGAUUGUGUGACUAUGUGUGGGUAUAUGGGCAUAAAGAAAAAAAACAGGACAGGAGUCUGGGCUUCAUUCCCACCUCACAAACAAUUCAAGGUUUUGCCCCAUGAGAGUAUAAAUCUGUGGAGUCUUCAUGGUUAAAUGCGAUUUGCUUUGAAUAUUUCCUGCCUACAGGGCCUAAAAUUUCAGUAGCAAUUCUUGCUGUUUCUAUCCAUAAUUUCCCCUAUCAUCAUCAGUUUGACAUUUCAGCAUCUCACCUGAUGUGAAUAACUACAGGAGAUGAUUAUUCGUUCAGUCCUAGCCAGGGAAGGAAGUAUCAGCUCCCUAGUGCAUAAAACAGGGGAGAUCAAAGAUAAUGUGUUUUAGAGAGGGAAAUUUCAUUACUCAACACAAGUAACACUCCCUCCAGGAUCCAGAAGAAGGAAGAAUGAAAACAGGAAAGACAGUUCAUCUCUGGGAAGCUCUUCUGACUACUCAGAGGUAUCAUUUCUU